AUGGCCAUCCUGGAGAGAACCCUCAGCCCAGUGCCCCCCCCAGUGCCCCUCCCACUUUCCGUUGGGCUCCCAGCGUUGGCUCCCCGGGCGGCUUGGGGACACGCGGGCACGGCCGGGCCCCGCAGCAGCAGCAGCAGCAGCAGCAGCAGCAGCAGCAGCAGCCUUUCUCAUGCCCGCCGCUCGCUGCUCCGCAGGGAGGCUCUCAGCGAGGCCGAGGCGGUGCUGAGCGCGGACGUGCAGCUGAGCCGGGGCCGCGAGAGGAGCGCGAGGCGCCUUCUCCUCCUCCAAGAGGAGCUGGUGGUGGCCAAGUUGCAAGGUGGCACCAGCCUGCGCCCACAGCUGCGCCUGGCCCUGGAGCAGCUGUGGGUGCUGAGCGGCAGGAAGGAGGCGGCGGGGGAGGAAGAAGAGGAGGAGCAGGAAGGCAGCGGCGUGGACAGGAGCUCCCUCGUCUUCGUCUGGCCCAGCGGCUCCUGCAUUGCCACUUUCGGCUCCCGGGCACUGAAGGAGCUGUGGCUGGGCACACUGCUGGGGGCACCCGAAGGAGCCGCGAAAGUGCGGGUGACCCGUCUCCCAUCGCUCCAAGUCCUGGAGAAGGAGCUGAGGCGCCGCCGUGCCGUGAGUGUCUCUCUGGCCUGGGCUCUGUCCCCGAGCGAGCGCUGGUCCUGCAGCUGCCGAGCAGCAGAGGCACGGCUGCUCAGCUCCUCGCCCUCUUUCUCGCUUGGCCAGGGGAGGACAUUCAGCGCCAGGAGCCUGGAGAGGCUGCUGGAGGGCCAGGCCAAGGCCGAUCGCAAGCAAGGGCUCGCGCCGGUCCCGUCCGGCGACGCGGGGGCACGCUGCCGCUCAGCAGGUGCGGUAGCCCGAGGGAGGACGUCGGCGGGAGGAGCAAGGACACCCGCUGGGCAGCGGCCGCUGGAUGUGGUUCUGCGGGGACAGGGAGCCUCUGCUGCUGCUGCUGCUGCUGCUGCUGCCCCGGGGCUUGGCAGGGCGAGGGCUGGGCCGGGCUGUCCCGGUGGCACGCCGGCUCUCGGGAGCCUCCGAGCGAGCCAGAGCCGCGGUUCCGGCCGCUGGCUCCCUGCCCCCCCUGCCGCACCGCUCAGCGCUGCGCUGCAGGGCAGGGCAGGGCAGGGCAGGCUCCGGGAGCGCUGGCCUGGCGGUCUCCAUUGAGGGGCUCGUGCUCUCUU